AUGUGGAUGGGCACCUACCCUUCUGUUCCCUCCCGGGUCUACUCAACUGGGAAACUUCUCUCCGAACAUUUGAAAGAUAAUCCGGAACUUGUCGGUGAUUCAGUUUACAAAAGAUACGGUCCGGACAUCCCUUUUCUUCCAAAGGUACUAUCGUUUGCCAAAGCACUCCCACUGCAAAUACAUCCCGACAAAGAUCUUGCAGAGCGCUUGCAUGCCAAGAACCCCGAGAAAUUCGGCGAUGCCAACCAUAAGCCUGAAAUUGCUAUCGCUUUGUCACGAUUCGAACUGUUUGUAGGGUUUAAACCCCUGGGCCAAAUUUCAGAGCUCCUACGCUUGAAUCCAUUACAAAAACUGCUACCAGCGCAUGAGAAAUUGGACGAUAAUGCUCUACGCAAAAAUUGCAAAAAAAUAUCUCUAUCUGAGUUCGGGGAUAGUGAAAACGUUCCAUCCCUCCUUGAGAGGCUCAGCAAGCAAUAUUCGUCAUUCGAUAACGGCAGUCUGGUUGCCGCGCUUCUGAUGAACUACCUGGUCCUGGAGCCUGGAGAAGCCGUCUGUGUUCCGGCAGACGGCAUCCAUGCCUGGCUUUCGGGAGACAUCCUCGAAUGCAUGGCGCGGUCUGACAACGUUCUCAACACGGGAUUUUGUCCACGUGCCGACCGUGAUGAUAUCGAAUUGUUUACACAGUCUCUUACAUUCAAGCCACAUGGUCCAGAGGAAUCUAUCCUCCAAUCAAAGAAGAGCUCAAUCGGAGUGAAAGGAAGAUCGAUUGAAUUUGCUCCUCCUUUUAGUGAGUUCAAUGUCCUGGCUGUGGCUUUAUCUCCAACGGAGGUCGAGAAGCACAGCGUACUGGGGAGCCCUAGCAUCUUGGUCGUCACCCAGGGCUCUGGAAAAAUGACGGUGGGAGAUGGAACCGUCCACGAAAUUGGCCUGGGAAGUGUUUAUUUCACCGCAAAAGACGCUGAGCUUGAGUUCUCAACCAAGACCGGAUUGAUACUGUACCGAGCAUAUGCUACCUUUUGA